UUUCAUCUUUGCCGUGUGUGCCGAGUGGAGUGACAGUCGAGUCGAGUCUUUCUCAAUCUCUCUGUGGCAAGGUUUGGGCCGAAAGCAGCCAAGCGGAAGCUUUCAACAUCCACGGCGCGGCUGCUUCCUCGUUGCACGCAUGUAUUGCAGUCGUGCUCGAACAGGUCACGCACUCGUCAAUCUUGGCCCAACAAAAAGGCAAAAGACCAUCCGUUACAGGAUCACAUGUUCCAACAAGCAGACGAAGCCAGAUUAAUCCAAGCACUUCCGAAAGCAAUCCUGCGAAACCAGCAAAGCAAGCGAGUGGUUAUACUGUAGAAUCAAAUCAAAUCGUUCUCUGUCUUGUCUGGUUUUAGUCUCAUCAGUCUCAUCAGCAACAUGAUGAAAACCAAACGAGGCUCGGGCCGCAAACGGCUUUCCCACAAGGAAGGAAAACGAAAGAGUGCGUUGGAUUCCAUGGCCGUCCCACCCUCCCCAACUCACCCCCACAGCCACAAUCAUCACAGCCACAAUCAUCAUCCUCAUCAAAAUCAACAUCCUCCUCAGAUCCACCAGAAACAGCACGACUUUCGAUCUUCUACAGGAACCAUGGGAUCUCCAACCGCCGCGGCAGUAGCCAACAGGGACUUUCGUCAUUCCGUCACGGGAGCUGCCCCUACUCGCAAUUUUGUGGAGGCUCCCGCUGUGUCAACCAACGAGAUCGAAUCUGCCACUGCGAAUACUGAGGAUUUCUCUUCCUGUUUUCAUCGGGAUCUUCUUCAAUUGGGCAAUGCCAUUGAGAGACUCUCCGUUGCAAAGUUACCCUCGUACCCCGACGAUGAUGACGAUGAUGACACGACAACGGUUACUGCUAACAUGUCAAAAUCAGUGGACAGUUUACCUCCAGUUCAGGAAACUCCAAAGGAAAAGGUUGUUGCCAAGGAGAGCUCUCCUCGGAGCGUCCUCAUGAAUCCUUUUGAUUCAUUCGGAAGUGACGAUGACAAUUUGGAGGAACCAAAGGCUGCCGGUAUGAAUCCCUUUCACACAGAAUCUCACUCCCCGGAUCCAGGACAGCAGCAGCAACCCAGCAAUAUUCAUCAUCACCAGGAACCGAAGGUAAAUACGUCCACUGCAGCCUCCAUCAUGAGACAACAGCCAGCCAAUAAUAUCCAACACCACCAUCAUCAGCCAGCGAACAUCAACGACAAUGCAGCUGCAGCUGUAACCACGCCCACGCACCAUCAUCACAGUCGAGAAGUCGACAUCAAUUCUGCUGCAGCUGCCAUCACAGCAACCGCAACCAAGCAGCAGCACCAAAAUCCAUUUGACGCUCAUUCACAGCCCCAAGUUCAGGCACAUCCACAAUUGCCCGCUGCGUACAAAAAUGCAAUGGACGAUACCAGUCAACAGCACCAGACACUCCCCAUCUACGGUGCCGUGCCGUCUCUGGAUGAGUCUGUGGCAUCUGCUGUACCAUCGGCACUCGGUAGCAGCAGCCGUCGGAAUGCGCCCAAAAGCAACCCCUUUGACAAUCACGUCGAGCCCCAUAAAGAACUACACGACUAUCCCUUUGAUGAAGGGCCAACCAUCGCGACGCCACCCAAUCCGAAACCGUCGUCGGCAAAUCCCUUUGACAAUCAUCUUCUACCAGAAGUGGCUGCUCUGGACAGUAGCCGCCAAGAGGCCGUCAGUCCCAUUUUGGCAGCUACACCCACCAUAGCGUCACCGGCUCCCGUUUCUUGUUCGUCGUUGCCAGCCACCACAUGGCAGCAGAAUCCGUUUGACAGUCAUCCAGCCGUGCCCCAUCACCAAAGCUGGGACAAUGUGCCACAUCAACGUGGAGGUGAUAAUGAAAAGAACAUGGAUGAGGACUACCUCAUGGACGAACUACACCACCUAAAACAAUCGCUUUCUCAGUCGCAGCAGGACCAUACCGCAAUGAACGGAUCGAUGAAUCAUCAUCCCCCCGUCGUGGUGCUGCAAACCAAGAACUCCGACAUGUCCCACGACUAUGUGGCCGAGGAACUCAACCACUUGCGUCGUUCCAUGUCGCAUCAAGAUGGUACACAGCCCGGACCAUUGGGCGCUACUAGUGAUGAUGAAGACGAAACGGAGACGCAUGAUGAGGAUGCCUCGUUAGAACAGGACCCAUCCGAACACGUGCAGAAGAUGGCAUCGAUGGUCGACGACGACCUCUUCUUAGUGUAAGAAUCGGCGUCUGUUUGUGGCUGUUUCAAUCAACAAUCAAUAAAAAGAGUUUUUAUGGUGGCCGGCCACGAAGCACAGCUGUGAGAAGUAGCUACGCAGAAGGCAAGGAAGUCUGAAGCAAGGAUCUGGCAGACGGGCAAGCAAGCAAACAGUGGAGAAAUACCCACACACAAUUUCAGUAAGGACAAUAGGUACAUGUAGAUAGCUAAUAAGUUGAUUCGAUUGAAUUUUCAAUGCAGUU